AUGGACUUCGUAUCGUGUGGGAGGCGGGACUCGAGUCGGGACGAGUGGCGGGACACGGAGGACAUUGGGGACGCGGAGGAUGUUGGGACGGUGGAAGACGCGGGGCACUCGGAUGCGGGCGGCGACGCGGCUGACGUGACGGACGGGGCAGGACUCAGGGUCGUGGAGCGGCAUUCGAGGGACGCGAGGGACGCGGAGCGGGACGGGGGACGUCAGGGAGGCGGGGCACGAGAGCCCAUGAGCCCAUGUUAUUCCAUGCAGGCUCAAACAGGCUAUCAGGCGAUGCCAGCAAAGCUGGCAUCCGACGAACUGCACAGCAGCGAGGGAAGCCAGAGGUUGUGCAAGGCGUGCGAUGAGUGCUUCGGAGUACGCCUGGGAUGGGAACACGUGGUUGUAAGGCCGCCCCUUGACCUCUGUUUUGCAUCGCAUCAAGACAUUGCAAGGGCCCCUUGCAGCUCGUUUCUUCGUGAGGAGCUUACCUCGGCCGCGCUCCAGCAGCGUUCGGUGAGAGAUGCUACGGCACCGCCGAAACACCUGACCUGGCGGGGCAGCUACGGCGGCACUAUCGAGCUGGAUGUCAACGGAUGUCUGGAGAAGGUUCAGAUCGAUGCACUGCGGGGGCCGGUCCUUUUUCAGGCAGAUGGCACCACAACCUACUUUGAAGAAACGAGCACGGUUUCGUGGCAGAGGAUCAACACAGCCGAUCAGAAGUUGCUUGCCCACCGGGCCGCAAAGAUCAAUGCCACCAUGAAGGAGCGGAUGGAGGAGCUGAAGGCGAUUCAAGCCGCGAGUGCUUCUUCUGCGGAGGAGCGCAUCCGACAGCGUUGUCACAAGGAGAUUGCGAGGCCAGUCAUUGCCUGGCAGACGAUUGGCCACGACAAGGUCCAGCGCAACCAUGAAAAGAUGUGCAAGGGCAUGAUCUACCACUUGGAGUUUCCCUGGUCUGAGGAGACCCUGGAGAAGAUGGGGCCCCAAUGGUUGACCAAGGCCUUUCAUGCAGCUGGAACUUUGCAGGAGGGCAAUGCCGUGGUUGAGCUGAUUCUGGAGAAGAAGGUCAAGGUCACAGCCGGAAACAAUGCUGGCAAGUUUUUCUUCGAGGUCAGGUACAAGUGGCAGACGCCGGACCUCCACACUAAGCUGUUUGCAAAGAUCCCGUUUCCACUGUCCGGUGCCACGAGCAACGAUCGCCUGAGCAGUUCAGUGAACAAGCAGCCCAUGGAUUUUUACGAGAUCAAUGCUUAUCGUCUGCUGGAAGCAUCCAUGCCUGUCAAGACUCCCAAAUUCUACUUCGGAGAUAUCAGCAACGAGUCUUCAAAUUUUAUCCUCAUCACUGAGCGAGUACCGUUCACUGGCAUGCCCCCGCUGAAGCCGUUUGAAAUUGAGGGGCCUUACGUGAAGUGCAAGGACUAUGAGAUGGAAGGAACUGACAAGGAUCACUACAGACUACUGAUGCAGGUGCACGCCCGAAUCGCGGCAGCUCAUAAGACGGGGAAGAUGGGCACCGAGGACUUUUUGCAGCAGAACCUGAUGUUCAACAACAUCGCAUGGCACCCUAUACAGCCUGACAGUGCCUCUGGGGCCCCACCCCAGGUGGUUGCUGGCCAGCUUCGAGUGGCGACCAAGUUUUUUUCAGAGACGGCCAAGGUUCUUUAUCCUGACUAUGUCACAACCCAGGCCUUUCAAGAGAAGUUUUUCAACACCAUGAUGUUGGCCAACGCGUACCAAAAGGAGUUAAUGUACUGGAAGCUCCAGGACAUAGAUUACGUGGCACUCGGCCAUCAAAACCUGAACGUUGACAAUGCGUAUUUCUGGCGAGAUGACAAGGAUGUUCUGGACUGUGGCAUUUUCGAUCUCGGAGGUUUCGGCGCCAACCCACUGCACCACCGGAUUUGGUGGGGUUUCAACUGUGCUGAGUUUGACCUGAUGACCGAGAGCUUGGAGGAGUACUUGAAGCUCUUCGUCGAGACGUAUCAUUCUUUGGGCGGACCCCUCCUAGACGAAAAGAUCCUGAAAACUGGGUUGGUGCUCACGGCCUUGGAGAACAUGCAGUACAUGGUGGCCUCCAUCCCGAACUGCCUGAAGAUGUGCAGCACCAAGGAGUGGGCAACAAUUCAGGAUCGUUUCGACAGCAGGAUUGCCGAUGAUGUCGGUGGGAAAAGUACCCUGAGGACAACCCUCAAGGUCCUACUGAAUGGCCUACGGGUUCUUGAAGAGAUGAGAGCGGAUGAAGUCCUGCACAGCUGGGUUGAGGAGGUCUACGUGAAGACGUGGUUGAACGAGCCGAAGACCUCGUCAAUGAUCUUUGGGAACGAGGCGGCUAAGGCACCAUGA